AUGCGCGCGCUGCGUGAGUUGUUCCGCAACGGGAUGCAGAACCGGGACGGUUCGGAGAUGCCGAACUUGCGGCAGUUGAUGGAGCAGCUCAAAAAUCAGCGUCGCCAGCAGUUGCAGCAAAGCAACCUUGACUCCGUGGUGGACGACCUGAAGGAACGCCUGGAAAACAUCCUGAAAACGGAACGGGAGGGCAUCCAGCAGCGCUUGGAAGAUGCGGCCAGUCAACCUGAACCGGAGGACGCGGCCGGCAAAGAGCAGCAACGUUCAUUAAACCAACUACUGCGACAGCGGGCGGAGCGGAAUCUGGACCGUCUGGACGAACUGCCAGGCGACAUUGGCGGCCAGAUUCAGGGUUUGAUGGACUACGAUUUUAUGGAUCCGGACGCGCAGCAGAAGUUCCAGGAGCUGCUGGAUAUGCUGAAGAGCCAGAUGGCCCAGAAUAUAUCUGAUCAGAUGCGCGACCAGAUGCAGAACAUGACACCCGAGCAGAUGGAGGCCAUGCGUCAAAUGAUGCAGGACCUGAACCAGAUGCUGCGAGACCGGAUGGAAGGCCGCGAUCCGGACUUUGACGGGUUUAUGCAGAAAUGGGGCCAGAUGUUUGGCGACAAUCCGCCCCAGAGUCUUGACGAACUGAUGGAACAGAUGCAGCAGCAAAUGUCCCAGAUGCAAUCGCUCAUGGAUAGCUUGUCUGACGGGGCGCGCCAGGAACUGGAGGACGCCCUGCAAUCUGCUAUGGACCCCCGGUUGUCCGACGAAAUGUCGGAGUUUGCCAGCUUGAUGCAGUCGCUGCUGCCCCCGGGCGAUUUGUCGCGCGAGUAUCCGUUCCUGGGCGACGACAGUAUGACUCUGGAGCAGGCGAUGGACGCGAUGCGCCAGAUGCAGUCGCUGGAUCAGCUGGAACAGUCAUUGCAGCAGGCGAUGCGCACCGGCAACCUGGACGACGUCGACCCGGACCAACUGGCGGAGCUCCUGGGAGAAGAGGCGCGCCGGGCGUGGGAGGAGUUG